UGGUGACGAAGAAGACGGCGAUGACGGCGAAGACGACGAUGAUGGCGAUGACGACGAAGACGGCGAUGACGACGGCGGCGUAUACGAUGGGCCGCCUUCAAACUCAGACGUCACGGUGAACCAGUCGUCAGAGGCCAAGAAGAGAAAGAAACAGACGACGGCCGCGGAACACAUGGCAAAUUUCCAGAACGAGCUCCCCUAUCACCGUGUGGAGCAGUGGGACCCAGCCAUUGGAUUUUGGGACCGCGUGGGCCUUGGGGAACUGCCCUCCCCACACAACCUCGUCCUUCACCUCGGUCACGGUGGCCUUCCCUGUCCAGUUUCGCUCGCCUCACAGCAAAAAAGGGCUAUGACCAUCGUCGACUCGCACGGUCCGCAGACGUUUGAGGUCACCUUCUGCACGCAUGCCUCCUUCGAGCAAGAGCCAAUGCACGAGUCAAUGCAGCUCAUCCAAGCCGGGCUGUGGCCCGCGACAUGGGACACGCCACGUACCGCUUUCACCAUCUCCGCCCUUCGUGACUUUCAUCUCCUAUCCCUGCAGUCGCAAAUAUCCGUUCUCGACAUCUGGAACUACCUCGCACGAAGCAAGGACAAUAUUCGAACGCACGAGAUUGAGAAUCGAUAUGCACAACUGCGGGCUUCGAUGCGCCAGUACGCCUUCGUCAGGUUGACCAAGCGAAAUGGAGUCGACCCGGGAGGCGAGAUGGAAGCUGGAGUCCUCGCCACCCUGUGUUCCUCGUGUCCGCAGCCAGGGAUCAACAACACUGUCCCGGAGCCGCCCGAUCUCAACGAGAAGAAGCAAGAUGAGGGCGAGGAUAAGAGGCGAUUUCAAAAAAUGAAAGCUGUCGAUCCACACGACAAGGCUAUGACACGCAACGGAGCGUUCUUUGUCCACGAGGAACAGGCGGCGGCCAUUCUCAAGGAUGCAGAGGCGGAAGCUCCCGCAGAGGAAUCCACAUGCAACAAGUUCGGGGCCAUGGGAUAUCAGCGCUAUGCUGGUACUGUUUCUGGACUCCUCGCAAUGACAUGCUCCCGACACAUGAUGACGAUGAGAAACAGUGUUGUCGACCUGACCAAAGGUGAAGCAAACAGGUUCAAGUACGCAGACCUCAGUGAAGCCAGUGCGAUCAAGCCGUACCUCACCCUCCCGAUGCUCAUCUCCGGCUAUGACAUCAAUUGUCAAUAUCACCGGAACUAUGACACGCGGAUGGACAAGCUCAUGUCUACCUGGUCGGAGCUCAUGGGGUGCCUCCCCAGUGUCGCCGAGUGGGAGAAACUUCCUUACAUGCUUGUCGCCGUUGGCAAGUUCCACCUACCUGCUCAUCAAGCAAGCUGUCGCUACAAGUUCUCUUACAACUACCUCCCUGGCGCUGCACGUACCGAUGGUGAAGCGUCCGAACGGAUGUGGGCCGCUAUAUACCAGCUGGCCACACGGAUACGGGAGAUGGGACCAGGAUCUCGUCAUGAUGCGCUGAAUGACAUCUGGAACGACCAGAAUGUCCGCCAUUUGCACACAAUGGGUCUGGACCUGUCGAGAAGGUACAACACCAGCGAAGAGUUCAUCGCAGACCUCGAGCGCCAUCUUGAGGCCAUCGAGGCCACGUUCACUGCCGAACGGCUUGCAGAGCUCAAGGAGCAAGAGGCUGCGUUCAAAAUCGCGGUGGUGGACUUGGCAAAUCACGACGGACUCGAGAACCCCUAUGAUAUCAAUCUCGAGAAAGUGACGGACGCAAAGGAUGCGACCAACAGCCGGAAGGCGUCGAAGGCAUCAUUGACGACCCGUCGGGAGGAAAAGAUUCUGCAAACCCUCUAUGAGGGUGCUCAGCUCCAGGCAGAACGUGAAACACUCCUCGCAGCCAUCAUGUGCAAGGGCAGGGUCUCGUCCAGUGUGGUGGAGCAGCAAGCGGACUUCCUCAAGCGCUAUGCGAAGUGGUCCCCACUCUGGGACGCCCACGUUCAUCCUGCAUUACAAGACGCAGCCUUUAUGAUCCCGGAAGAGGACGCUCCCAAAGACUUCCCUCGACUGCCUGAAGCUGCCAUGAAGGUCCCGCGUGCCAAGCGUAAGGCCUCCUUGUUCAAAGAGGUCUCUAAUGCCGAUAUUGCGCUUCCCUCUUCGUUCCAUGAAGCUGUGCUGAAGCAGACCCCAGCUGCGUCUCUUGUAGCAGCAGAGAUCAAGGUGCGACGAGAUGAGGCCCGGGAAGCGCUCGAUGAGGUCCGCUCUGCGUUGAUCCUCUCGUUCUCCGUGAAACUCAGCAAAAAGCACGCACGGAGCAAGAGGGUGCGCAAAGAGAUUUCGUCCACCAUGGGAUCAGCUCGCGGCGACGUCCAAGCGGCAGCAAACAAGUACCGAAGGGUUGUGAAAUGCCUCCUCCGUCUAGGUGUGCCACUGGAUGACCCCGCAGUCCAUCCGCUCGAAGAAAACGAUCUGAAGGCGAUGGUCGUUUCAGCUCAGGGGGACCGGUCGUGGAUCUGGGACAGUCUUUCCGUCGUCGACAAGGCUGGGACGGCCGCACAUCAGCGCUACAAGGAUCAGAUCGAGAGCGUCCACUGGUUCCGCAUACAUGCGAUGCUCACAAGGUGGAGGGAGGAGCGCAAGCUGUUGCGGCGUGAGAUGUGGAGAACUGCGGUGUUCUUCGGCUUUUUCAGGCAGCAUUGGUUGCAGAAGGCAGAACUGCAUGAACGCUCCCAUAAACGAGGCAAGGCUGCAUAUGCUAAAAAACGAAUCGGACUGGAACCCGCCCUCGGACUUCCCGACCUCGACAUGGACUAG